GGCGGCUGACUGCAACCCCUUCCGGGUCAGCGCUCCCUGUCUUCUCUCCCUGGACAGCUGCGCUUCCCGUCCCGGAGUGCCACGAUGGGGAUCCUGGAGAAGAUCGCGGAGAUCGAGAAGGAGAUCGCCCGGACCCAGAAGAACAAAGGUUUGGCUCCUCCUUAGGACGCGCCGGCUGAAUGGAAGAGGCUACCCCUUGACUGGGGCCUUUGAAGCGCCUGGUCGGCAGGCAGAAGUUCAGCAGGUGCGGCUUUUCUCGGUUGAAAAGCUUCGCCUGCUGAGUUUUUGCCCCGAGAGGGUUAAAAACAAUAAUAGGAGGUCUAAGGCCCUGGGAUGGGCAGUGGCAGAGGGUUGAGGCUGUUUUGCGGGGUUGGCAGGGUGUGGAUUUAUUUUAUUUAUUAGGUUUAUUAAGGGAGGGAAUGAACUGCAGGGUUGAGGGUGGGCGGCUUUCCAGAUGGGCUCCUACAGCACCUGCAUGCAAAGUUUGUGUACCAAGUGUGUCUCAUUUGUUUGCCCCGCACUGCCUUUUCGUUAACGCUAUUUUGCUUAAGCACUUUCUGUGUGUUCCCCCCCCCCUUUGGUAUAAGUACAUUUGGGGAGGGAAAACAAGUGCGGUUGCGAGGUAGCUAGGGGACUUUAAAAAGCGGGGGAAUAAGACGGUGCAUGGAGAUUCAUAACACUGAAAUUUUUUGUUGCUGAUUUCAGGUCUCUUCACAACAUAAAAACACAGAAUAAGAACACAAAAUGCAUAAUAAAAGUAAACAAACCAGAAACUAUCAGAGAGUAACAGUUAAAAGCCUGAAGCUCUUCGUUUUUAAAGUUCAUACCUAGUGUGCAGUGAAAUCUGGCUCUUUAUCCCUUUCCCCAGCCCAGCUGAGUAAUUGACAGAAAUACAGCCAGAGGUGCUUUUUGCCUUUAGAAAGGGGGAACGGUAGCUCUGGUUGACCAGGUUGGAUGGCUAGGCAAGAGGAACAGAGAAGGAGCCAUUAGGAGAGUACAGGUACACUAACUCAUCGGUCACUGAUUUUGUUUCCUAGUCGUGUAUGUGUGUGUUACUUUUUCUAUUUCCGCUCUAGCCACCGAGUACCAUCUUGGCUUGCUGAAGGCAAAGCUUGCAAAGUACAGAGCUCAGCUUUUGGAGCCUUCCAAAUCGGCGGCGGGCAAAGGCGAAGGCUUUGAUGUGAUGAAAUCUGGAGAUGCCCGGGUGGCGCUGAUUGGUUUCCCCUCUGUGGGUAAGGUCAGUGACACUUGGAGAAUUCCUAUUCCUGUGUCUGUUACUUGGUGUGCUUCCUUUUAAAGCAGGUGUGAGGAACCUGUGGCCCUCAAGAUGUUGCUGGGCUGCACAUCCCAUCAACCCCAGCCAGCAUCGCCAGGAUUCAGAAACGAUGGGUGUCUGUAGUCUGGAGGGCCACAGGCUCCCCACCCUUGCUUUAAAUGAAGUCUCACCCUCAAGUUUAUAAUUCAGGGGUCAGGAUGUUGGGAGUCAUUCUGCACAGAAACAGUAAAGAUGUUUGUACGUUUAAGAACAGAUUUUGUGAGCUCUGGGCUGAAUGGUUGCAGCUAGCCAUGACUACAAAAGGAGAAAAGCUGCAGUUUGAACUUCACUGCAGGAAAAACACCCACAAGCUUUGCUGUUUGUUGUUUUGAAAUAAAACCUUUAUUUAAUUUGGUUUUACACCUGUCUCAUGGAGUCACAGUCUCUGUCAUCUGCCACCAGUGGAAAAUCCCCCUCUAGCAUGGGAAUCUUUAGCCAGGGGCCAAAUCUGUCCCUGCAGACCUCUCUGUCUAGCAUUUGGGACUCUCCCCAGCAGUGUUAGAAACUCAGAUAUAUAAGCUAGGCACCAAAUGGCUCUUUAAACCAAGGUUAUAGUCACCAAAACCGAAUGUUUAGUUGCCAUUUGGGGGCAAGACGGCUCUAAAGUCUUACUUUUCAAAGGAUAGAUGGAUGGACUGUGAUUGAUUUUUCAGUUAAACAUAUGACUGGAUUAAGAGCUUUGAGAACUUAAAGAAGAAAAGUCACUUGAUCCAGGGUCAGUCCACGCCUAUUCUGACCUCUGUUUCUUUAUGGUGACAUUCAUAACGUAAGAAUAUUGUCCACAACUGUGAGCAGGGCAGUGGGGUGGGGUAAAUGAAGACAAGCAACAACAAUUAGCUAUAAUGUUCACUACUCCUGCUCACGCUGCACCGUGAAAGUAUUUGGGUUUCUGAAAUUCAUUCUGAUUACGCAAAUAAAAUAUAACACAGGCAUAGGCAAACUUGGGACCUCCAUAUGUUUUGAGACUACAAUUCCCAUCCUCCCUGACCACUGGUCAUGUUAGCUAGGGAUGAUGGGAAUUGUAGUCCCAAAACAUCUGGAGGGCCCGAGUUUGCCUAUGCCUGAUAUAACAGAUAGAAUUCUACAGGAUAGGGUAUUAGUGUGUGAAAACAGUCCAGAUCCAAUGAUCCCCAGGCAUGCACCUCCAGAUGGUGGAGUUGUCAGGCACCAUCCUGGUAUCCAGGCAUCUUCACUUGUUUCAAAGUGGUCAAAAGCCAGGUGCAAAAUGCGCCUGGCCAUUUUCGAACACUGGUCACUGCCUCGCAGACUAUCCUCCCUUGGAGGGUCAUGGAGGGGAUUAAAUGGGAGAGCCUAGUACACCGCCUUGAGUUCUUUGGAGGAAAACCUGGGAUGGAAAUGCAAACAAGCAAACAAACAAUAAAAUAAAAUAUGUUUUUACAUGGAAAGUUCACAUCAGCACGGCUGCUGAUUUGUCACAAGUGGGUGGCUUUCCUCUGCCACUGCUAACACACUCAUCUUCCCUUUCAGUCCACCUUUCUGAGUUUGAUGACUUCCACGGCGAGUGAGGCAGCUUCCUACGAAUUCACCACAUUAACUUGUAUUCCUGGAGUCAUAGAGGUUAGCGCAGUUCCAUUGGGUUGCCAUCUGCUGGGGCAGGAUUGAAACCGCACUGCAGUUUUUAUGUGAAUGCAAGGGUUGGGGGUUGUUGAAUUCUGUUUCUUUUAGAGUGGGAGGCUCCAUGUAUUUCAGAAGCAGUCCAUGUUUGCCUUCUGGGGUUUGCCAGAUGUUAAAACUAGGAAGCUAAUGCCUUAACAUUGGGUCCUCUCUCCAAGAACGCACCUAGAGUAGAUUGGAGGCCCACCAGCUGUGUUCUGAUAGCCACCAAGGACUCGAUAAAUGCCCUGGUUUAGCUGCCUGCUUGGGGCUGCAGAAAUGGAAGGUUACCACGCCGACAGCAGGCCAGAAUUUACAGCUACUCAAGGUGGUGGGUGACCUCAGGCUAAGGCCACACACCCCUUUCCUCAGGACGUCCCCCCCAUAGGUCCAAUUUCAUACCCCCAAUGUGCCCUUGACGUCUUACAUUGCCUCUUGCUCCUCUUUAUGGAGGAUGGAGAGGGAUGGGUGUAGAAACUAGUCUGCAGAAAGGUAAAAUUUACAUUAAUUGUUCUUUCUGUUUUUGCCUCUGGUCCCACUCUCUACUUUGGAUUUUUUUUUUAAAAAAAGCCUCCGGUAUCAGAAUCCUUUAGGCCUGCCAAUUCUCUUCCUCAUUUUUUGGAUGAACAAGUUUUAGAUUAUUGUUUUCACUCCUCCAAGGAACUGUCCUUGUGGUCUCUGAGCAAAAAAAGCAGGCUGUGCAGUUCUAAAUAAACCAGUAGAUCCCCUGAUGAAGUGUGUGUGAGUUUGUAAUAGUAAUAAUAAAAAUAAUAAUAAUAGUAGUAGUAGUAGUUUAUUAUUUAUACCCCGCCCAUCUGGCUGAGUUUCCCCAGCCACUCUGGGGUUAAAAACAAUACAGCAUUAAAUAUUAAAAACUUCCCUAAACAGGGCUGCCUUCAGAUGUCUUUUAAAAAUAAGAUAGCUGCUUAUUUCCUUGACAUCUGAUGGGAGGGCAUUCCACAGGGCAGGCGCCACUACCGAGAAGGCCCUCUGUCUGGUUCCCUGUAACCUCACUUCUCGCAGUGAGGGAACCGCCAGAAGGCCCUCGGAGCUGGACCUCAGUGUCCAGGCUGAACGAUGGAGGUGGAGACGCUCCUUCAGGUAUACUGGGCCGAGGCCGUUUAGGGCUUUAAAGGUCAGCACCAACACUUUGAAUUGUGCUCGGAAACGUACUGGGAGCCAAUGCAGAUCUCUCAGGACUGGUGUUAUGUGGUCCCGGCGGCCAGUCCCAGUCACCAGUCUAGCUGCUGCAUUCUCUGAACAUGCAUGAGAAUGCUAAAAAGGUGAAGUGACCUGUAAGCUUAGGAUAUCAAAACCUGGGGCGGGGGGUAAGGGCUGGAGGUGCUCUGUAGCAUUAUAAUCACCCCCUCCCUCCAUGUGCUGCUUCACGGUCUUCUCUUUCGUCUUUUGCCAGUACAAAGGAGCCAACAUCCAGCUUCUCGAUCUGCCUGGGAUCAUCGAAGGAGCUGCUCAAGGUAGGUGGGGAAUGUCGCCUGUGUCUCAUUCUGCCCAAAGCACAUUGACGUUCCCAGGGCAGUAGCACUUUUGCACAGUGACAAGGGACCUUUUCUUCAGCUUGAUGGAGCACAUUCGCUCCUGGGCAGCCUUCCAGAGGCUGUUCCCUCAUGGUGUGUGGGGACCAGAGGCGAAAGUGAGCAAAGCAACACAUCCUCAUUCUAUUUGUAUGGCACCUUUCUGCAGUUAAGCCAUGCCCAAGGUGGCUUAACAGCAUCAAAAUAUGUACAUAGUUUAUUCUGACAGUUACAAAAUUGCAGAAGAAUAUAAAUAUCCCUGAACUCUAAGCUAAUGGAAGCAUCUCAGUAAGUCUUCAGAAAUAAUAAUAAUAAUAAUAAUAAUAAUAAUUUUAUUUAUACCCUGCCCUUCCCAGUUCAGAAAACUGGGCUCAGGGCGAUUAACAACAAAUUUAAAACACUUAAUCGAUGAAACAAAAAACAGCAUAAAAUACAGUUUAAAACAUGAAUAACAAUAAAUUCAGAAUUGAAAAAUCAAUUUAGGGGGGAAAUCCAUCCAAUAAACAUUAGAUGAUCACCAGGGCUAGCUGGCUAAAUUAGUCCUGUUUGGGCCAGUGAGAAGACCAGAGGAGAAUUAGCUGUGGGAUCCCAGAGCGGGUAAUCUUCAUAAAAAGGGGAGGAGAAUGGAAGAAAGGGGAAUAAAAGAUCAGGCUAAGUUCAAAUUGAAAGCCGGGCGGAAUAGCUCUGUCUUACAGGCCCAACACAAAUAAUAAUGAGGCCUAACAAUAAAAAUUGAGAGUCCCAUGGACUGCAAGAAGAUCAAACGUAUCCAUUCUUAAGGAAAUCAGCCCUGAGUGCUCACUGGAAGGACAGAUCCUGAAGCUGAGGCUCCAAUACUUUGGCCACCUCAUGAGAAGAGAAGACUCCCUGGAAAAGACCCUGAUGUUGGGAAAGAUUGAGGGCACAAGGAGAAGGGGACGGCAGAGGACAAGAUGGUUGGACAGUGCUCUCAAAGCUACCAGCAUGAGUUUGACCAAACUGCGGGAGGCAGUGGAAGACAGGAGUGCCUGGCAUUGUUCUGGUCCAUGGGGUCACGAAGAGUCGGACAUGACUAAACAACUAAACAACAACAAACAAUAAAAAUGCAAACAGCAGCAACAACCCCCCCCCCAGUGAAUCACAUCCUCUUGCGUAUAGAAGGGGUGGGUUGGGACUAGAACGGGAGUUAAAAUCCCUUUUUGAUCUUGCAGUGCUGCAGCUCCACCUGCUUUUGGCCCUGCCUCUGUGCAGCAUCCUCCUUUCGUAUUAAGAAGUGUUCCUCCCACCUUGAUUGCCAGUCAGGUUAAUCGUGCUGCUGGCCCUGCCUCCUCCCUCCCUGUCCUUGGACAGUGAAAAGUCUCGUGGUCCUUGGGGGAUGCUCCUGGGAGAAGGAUGCAGCCAAGCAGCGGGCUGAUGAAUUGCAGGCAUUUUCAGCAUGGGAAAGGGGGGGGAUAGUUGUCUAAUGAGAACUGGCCUGGGGAGGGUGAGGAGAAGACGCUACCCGAGCACCGCCAUCUGUUUGGAGGAGUGGGGAGCAGCACUAAUGGAGCUGUAUUUUUUAAAAUAAGCCUUUUUGGGAAGCCGCCUGCAUCAAAAGACAGGGUGGAAAGCAAUUCCUUGUUUGCAUGAUGCAAAAAAGCAGAGAUUCUGCUCUUGCUUCUGCUACACAGCUUCUUGCUCUCCAGCUGUCACAGCAAGUAGCUCCCAUUUUCUCAUUUCCUUUGCAGGAAAAGGCCGAGGGCGCCAAGUGAUUGCUGUAGCCCGGACUUCUGACGUCGUUAUCAUGAUGCUGGACGCUACAAAGGGGGAAGUGCAGAGGUUAGUGCCUAGAGGGCAAAGCACCCACACGUGGGUUGAAUUAUGGACUGGAAGGGAAAGGGUCGUGGCUCAGUGGUUGAGUCUCUGCUUUUCAUGCAGAAGGUCCUAGGUCAGUGGUUGGCAACGUGCGCCCCAUGGGCCAGAUGCGGCCCACAAAGACCAUUUUACCAGCCCACGAGCAACCCCUGAACAGAGCCGCCUGGUUGGCGAGUCCCCCGCGUGCUGCACUAAACCGGUGCAGCGCAGCACGGGGACUCGUCAAGCAGCGCUGGAAAUUGCAUCUGCGCACGCGCAGAUACUGGAAAUCACGUCUGCGCAUGUCCAGACACCAAAAAACGCUUCUGCGCAGGCACGAUUUCCAGUGUCUGGGCAUGCGCAGAAACAAUUUCUGGUGCCGCAGACGCAAUUUCCAGCAUUGCGCUGUGCCACUCCGGCCCACCGAUGAUCUCCGUGGGAGUGAUCUGGCCUAUGGCUGGUAAACCUUUGUCGACCCCUGUCCUGGAUGCAACCCCUGGCAUUUUCGGGUAGGGCUGUAUUUGUCUCUUCCUGAAACCCUGGGAGAGGGUUUUGGCUCUCAUUUUACUGGGUUUAUUUGGGUAACGGCUUGGCGGCUCUUUAUGACCACAUCCUCCCUCCCUCCUGCAGAGCUCUGUUAGAAAAGGAACUGGAAUCAGUAGGAAUCCGGCUGAAUAAAGUCAAGCCCAACAUCUACUUCAAGGUGAGACACUGCAGGUGGGCAAAUCAUAGGACUGACAGCUCCUCCUGUACAAAACACAUAAAUACAGCAAUCGCCAGCUUGGUGGCCUCCAGGUAUUGCUGAGGUCCCCAAACCCAUCAGCUGCAUCCAGGUUGCCUGUGGUCAGAGAUGACGGAGCUGUGGUCCAAGAACAUUUGUGCACCGAGUUGACGUUAUUUGUGUCUCAAUAAAUAAACCUCACACAUGGGAGACAGGACAGACGGUAGGGAAGGCUAGCCUCCCACUCUUCUCCACCUUCCUUCCACCCCACCGGAAAUGCUUCUUGGCUGUGUGUAGGAAGUAUCCAGCUUUGUGAGAUCACCCCCCGCUUCUCAAAAUUGGCUCCUUAAAUGGGUCACUCGAAAUGUGGUGGUGAGGGGGGCUGGGGAAACCGUUUGCAGGAGAGCCGCAAAACUUCUUGCUUAAAAUAAAGAUGCUUUGGCUUAUUUAAGUGUAUUGCUGCUUAUGUGAGCAGCUGCGUCAAAUUCUGCCCAUGUGCUUUUCAUUGUUUCUCUGCACGGAGAAAGGACUAGAAUAGGGUUGUUGGGGAACUUCAGGGCCAGCGGCCAAAUGUGGCCUUCCAGGACUCUUUAUGUGGGCCUCAGGUUUGUCCCCAGCCCAUGCCCCUCACCAGUUCUGCUCUGCACCUCCUUGAGUGGUUUUGCCUGGCUAGGAUAUGUCCUUGAGCUCUGAUGAUGCUUCUUGCUCAGAGGGGUGCAAGAGAAAAAGCCACUAACAUACUUGCAUGGCUGGAAUAUACACUAGUACUGUACAAAGGUAAGAGUUUCACACUUGGCUCUUCUCGCUUUUACAUCUGGUCCUGCCCGUCACUGGCACGCGGCCCCUGGAAGGUUGCGUAUGAGAGAAUAAGGCCCUUAGGCUAAAAAAAGAGGUUCUCCCUCCCUUUUAUAAAUUAAUAGCAAAUAAAACAAAAGCUGGACUCAGGCUCCUUCGGGAGGAAGGGCAGGGUAGAAAUUGAACAAAUCAAUACAGUGGUACCUCGGGUUACAGACGCUUCAGGUUACAGACUCUGCUAACCCAGAAAUAUUACCUCGGGUUAAGAACUUUGCUUCAGGAUGAGAACAGAAAUCGUGCGGUGGCGGCGCGGCAGCAGGAGGAGGCCCCAUUAGCUAAAGUGGUGCUUCAGGUUAAGAACAGUUUCAGGUUAAGAACGGACCUCCGGAACAAAUUAAGUACUUAACCCGAGGUAUCACUGUAUUCUGAAGCAGUCCAGGCCUCUUGCAAGCCGCUCUCUGACCAUUGCUCUGACCCAGAACAAUCGUGUUCCAGUCUAGUGAUUCACACAUGCCGUCUUAAAGCAGCCUGCCACAUCUGCCCCUGUUUGGUCACGUAGUGUAAAUGUCACCAAACUUCUUGGGCCCAUGAGCAUAUUUGCAAACUACAGGAACUGUUGAAGUCGCCAUAAGUGCUUGCACUUUUGCUGCCCAGCCAUUAAUCACAUCAUUAUUUUUUAUUAUUAUUAUUAUUAUUGUUGUUAUUAUUAUUAUUUCUGCUACUACUAUUACUACUCUUACUAACACUCCAGGAAUGUAGUUUCAAAGUACACGAACAUCUGCAAAUGUCAAAAGGAUUUAGCCCGUGCAAAAUUGAUGUGAGUGAUCACUUUAGCUCAAAAUGAAUAUAUCUUGGGAUAUACCAAAGGGGCAUUCUCAGCAGUUCACCUUUCAUGUCUGUCUGCAUUCGGCAGUGCCAUCCUAUGCAAACGUUGCGGCAUCCAGUAUACUCAAAAUAUAAACUUUUGCUGAAUCAGCCUCAUUGAGGGCCAUCUUGACAAAGCCUCUUUUCUGUCUUUCAGCCCAAAAAGGGAGGGGGCAUCUCCUUCAAUUCAAUGGUGACGCUGACUCAGUGCUCCGAGAAGCUGGUACAGCUCAUCCUCCACGAGUACAGUAUCCUUUUUCACUUAGAUUCUUGGUAGCUACAUUUCUCAGCAAAGCGAUUCAGGGCACCAGCUGUAAAGGUGCCUUGCAGUGUCAUUGGUAACGCCCUGAGCAGUUGAGGGUGGGUGGUUUGGACCCAGGCGACCUGAAAGAUUCUAUCUCCCUGCCUGGGUGCUGAGAUCCUCGGGUGAGCACCUUCUCUUGGUCCCAUCAACAUCAGAAGAACUGUUGGUUGUGACGCAUGAGACAGAGCCUUUUCUGUGGCUGCUCCCAAGUUACAGAAUUCCCUCCCAAGAAAGCUUCACCUGGCUCCUUCCUUGUUAUCCUUCCGCUGGCAGGCUAAGACCUUUCUGCCCAGACAGGCAUUUGGAAACUGAGAUGCAGAUGAUGCUGAUAUCUAGGCUGCUUCAGAGGAAAUUGUUCUGUAAUUGCUGGUUCUAAAUGUGUUUUGAUGUAUUUGAAUUUGUUGUUGUUUAGUCGUUUAGUCAUGUCCAACUCUUCGUGACCCCAUGGACCAGAGCACGCCAGGCACUCCUGUCUUCCGCUGCCUCCCGCAGUUUGGUCAAACUCAUGCUGGUAGCUUCGAGAACACUGUCCAGCCAUCUCGUCCUCUGUCGUCCCCUUCUCCUUGUGCCCUCCAUCUUUCCCAACAUCAGGGUCUUUUCCAGGAGUCUUCUCUUCUCAUGAGGUGGCCAAAGUAUUGGAGCCUCAGCUUCAGGAUCUGUCCUUCCAGUGAGCACUCAAGGCUGAUUUCCUUCAGAAUGGAUCGGUUUGAUCUUCUUGCAGUCUCUCAAGAGUCUCCUCCAGACCAUAAUUCAAAAGCAUCCAUUCUUCGGCGAUCAGCCUUCUUUAUGGUCCAGCUCUCACUUCCAUACAUCACUACUGGGAAAACCAGUAUUUGAAUUAGUUUGUUUUUAUUCUGCAUUUUAUAAUUUUGCAAAUGUUGUAAGCCACCUUGAAUCCCAACUUGGGAGAAAGGCGGGCUAGAAAUAUAUUUAGUCAUCGUCACAAUGUCCUGGUCCUGAGACAUCGCUGGGCUCAGGAGCGAAGCAGUAGGCUCAGACCGAGAAUGAGGGCGACCCUGGAAAGGCACUGCCAAUCAGUGUUGACAAUACUGGACUCUAUCAGACGUAUUUUCUCCUCGCAGCAACCCUUUGGGGUAGGUUUGGCUGCAAGAUGGUGACUGGCCUAAGAUUACCUGACCAGCUUUGUUGCCAAAUGGGGAUUUGUCCUUGAGUUUCACCAACCCAAGCUGGAUGCUCGUAACAGCACAACACACUGGCUCUCUUAACAAACACAAAAGUGUUUAACCUUCACUCUGCUCACCUAAGAAAUAUUUAAUGCGGAGGUUCUGUUCAGGGAAGACUGCACACCUGACGAGUUCAUUGACGUGAUUGUUGGCAACCGGGUCUACAUGCCCUGCCUUUAUGUGAGUACCUUGUAAGAAGUUUCAUACUUUUAACAGAAUGGGAUGGGGGGGAUGUAUUUAUAAUAAUAAUAAUAAUAAUUUAUUAUUUAUACCCCGCCCAUCUGGCUGGGCUUCCCCGGCCACUCUGGGCGGCUUCCAAAAGAAUAUUAAAAUACUAUAAUACAUCAAACAUUGAAAGCUUCCCGAAACAGGGCUGCCUUCAGAUGUCUUCUAUUUAACCAUAAGCAAGGGUUUCUUUUAAGGGAACAAGUUUCUGAGGAACACAAGUGGUGGUGGGGGAGAGUGAUUGCCUUCCUGCCCUGCUUGCCCUGCUUCCCUGCCCAUGGGCAUCUGUUUUACCACUGUGGGGAGAGAAUGCUGGACUAGAUAGACCUCUGGUCUGACUCUCCAGGCUUUUCUUAAGUUCUCUCUUUUUUUUAAUAAGAUAUUUAUUAAGAUUUUCAGAAUAUUACAAAAUAAAGAAAGAAAAAAGAAAAAUACAAAAUAAAAAUGGUUAAAAACAAUUCAAUCUUUCCAUUACUUAUCUUUCAUUUGCUUAUUUCCCGGACCUCCUCACGCCUCCCUUUUUUGUAUUCCAGUUCAGUUUGUUAGUUCAGCGAAUCCCUCCCCUCUUUGUAAAUCCUAGUCUUUAAUCAUAAAGUGUUGUAACAUUUAAUUUUUACCUAUUAAUAAUCCAUUUUUUCAUAUUCCCUUAUAACAUUACAGCUAAAGACCACUUAGCUUCUAUCCAACAUCAUUCUAGCAUUCAUUAAUUUUGCAAUAUUUCUGUAAAUAGUCUUUAAACUUUUUCCAGUCUUCUUCCAUCAACUCUUCUCCCUGGUCUCGGAUUCUGCCCAGGCUUUUCUUAAGUUCUCAAACACCCCUGUGGAACGCCCUCCCAUCAGAUGUCAAAGCAAUAAACAACUGUCUGACGUUUAGAAGACAUCUGAAGACAUCCCUGUUUAGGGAAGCUUUUAAUGACUGAUGUUUUAAUGUAUUUUAAUAUGUUUUUAAUCUUUUGUUGGAAGCCGCCCAGAGUGGCUAGUGAAACCCAGUCAGGUGGGUGGGGUAUAAAUAAAAAAAUAUUAUUAUUAUUAUUAUUUAUUCUACCUAUAAGAGCUCUCAUCUAGGUAUUCUGAGUGAAUUAUGCAUUGAUUUGAAUAAGCUUAAUAUCCAGAUCUUUGGCAUUCUAAGACAGAAUCCCGUAUCCAGAAAGCAUCCAUUCGUCAUGCAGUUAGGCCUGUUUGUUUAUGGUAUUUGUAUUCCAACCUUCAGCCAGACAGGCUCUCAGAGGGUCACACAAAGAUCAGUAUUAAGAUGCUCCCUGCUCUCCAGCCCACAAUCAAAGCAAACUUGAUGCACAAGGCAAAAAAGGGAUAGGAGGAAGGCAAAAAAGGGAUUGAGGAAGAAGCAAGCACAAUAUGCCUGCAGUCUGUACUGGGUGCAAUCUGCAGUUCCAUGCAAUUGUCAGUUAACCUGAGAAUAAAGUUCAUUCAAAAAAUUGAACCAAUCCAAGUUCAUAGCCCCUAUGGUUGUGGAGACAUUGUGCGGACAGAGGCUUCUCUCUCUGAAAAGGGUGGCCAAAAAAGAAAGACACCCUUCUUGGGGGGAAAGGGCUGCAAAGCUUUAGAAGAAGCAGCCUGUUUUCCAAAACAAAUAAGCAAACCACCAGUUGCCUUCCCUGCCUUUUUGGAUACUGGAUUGGAGACGGAUCUCUUACUGUUAUAAACUUUUGUUCGGGAAAUAAAAUCAUCGGAAAGCUACAAAGGCUAGCUGCUGCAUAUAGUUUCUUAUGAAGCCUGUUACUUUUUAAUGUAGCACCAUCAGGCAUGUCCCUGCCCCAAGAGGCUUACACUCCAAAUUUGGCUCCCCAACUUGGUGCCCUCCAGCUGUUUCGAACUACAACUCUCGUUAGCACCAGCCCUCAAUUUAGCUGAACAGAGAAGGUGGAAACUGACUCCUUGCACCAUUAAUAUUCCUUUCUCCACCACCACCUUUUGGAUUAGGUUUAUAACAAAGUCGAUCAGAUCUCCAUGGAGGAGGUAGAUCGCCUGGCUCGAAAACCCCACAGCGUUGUGAUCAGGUAAGGUGAACCUCCCCAGCGCAGUGUCUUGUGGCCAGCAUGCGGUUGGCUUAAACUCCAGAGCAUGUGGUACGAAGAGCCCUUUGGAAGAAAAGUCAUCCUUGGCUUCUGUUCUCCCUGUAUACCUUUUGUAAUUUGUAAUUAGAUUUAUUCUCGCUAGAAGCUGAAGCCUAUGGGCAAGUGCAUCUCAAAUUAUGUGAUGGGAUGAAGCAGUGUGUACCCCCCCACCUGGCCCAAUGUGCCAGGAACCACUACCGUACUUGGUCCCUGUAGCAUCCCACCAACAUCUUGCAGACAGACACCACUUUGAGCAGCACCACUCUAGACAAUGUGCACAUUUUUGUAAAAUCUCAGCACAAACAAGACAACUAUUUGAGGCUAGCCAAACAGGCUGAAUAUCUUCUCUCACCCCAGCCCCGGUCUCCAAGAAAAUGAUCCCCAUUUGAUUAACAGAGAAAUGGAAACCAAAAUAGAAAAAAGAUGUUUCAAAUGAUGUAAAAGGUUUUAAAGGCCUGGGAGAGAGGAGGAAAGUAUUUCCCUGGUUUUGAAAUGACAUUAAGGUGCCAGGCGAGCCUCUAUGAGGAGGAGAUUCCACUGCCCAAGCCUUUUCGGUGUCGUUAUCGCCCUGCCACCCACUUUGUGUGUGUCCGCCUCUCUCUAGCUGCGGCAUGAAAUUGAACUUGGACUACCUGCUGGAGAUGCUGUGGGAAUACCUGGCCCUUACCUGCAUCUACACCAAGAAAAGAGGCCGUGAGUAGCACAAGCAGGCCAGCAGGAUUGGAUGGAACUAGAUCUGAAAAUGAAUACGGGCUUCAGGGGAGGAGGGAGGAUCCGAAAUUCUCAUGCCUUAGUGACCUUGCUAUUUUUUCUCUCUUUUCUCGGUCCCGGACAGAGAGACCAGAUUUUUCAGAUGCUAUCAUCGUACGGAAAGGGGCAUCUGUGGAGCAUGUGGUAAGCAUUGAAUUUUUGAGCUGCAGAAGCACCUGCCCUCAUCUAUUUUCUCCACACACUCUGCACUGCCAGCUCUUCCCAGGCUGAAACCAUCCAGCCAGAGAUUCAGUCUUCUUCUUUGAAAACACACUAGGGCAGGGGUGGCUAACCUGUGGCCCCCUGGAUCAGCCCCCUGCCCAUUGACUGUACCGCCUGGGGCUUCAUGGGAGAUUGAGUCCAGGAAGACCGCACUGCCUUUUGGCUACAGCUCUGCUUCAGGAGCAGUUGUUGCCUUAAUUGCUUCAAUGUCCUGAGCUAGGAAAUAGGGUAGCCAUUGUCCGGUGGUGCCUUCUGUUUGGGGACUGUGGGGAAGAGACCCAUUUUGGGGGGAAGGGAGAAGCUGUUCUGCAGACAGCUGUGAGCAUGAAGUUGCCACUUUGGAAUUGGGUAUGUAACGCCAGGCUCAUUUUUAAGAGCAGCUCCGCUUCAGAACCUCUGCGACACAACUUUGGAAAGGGAUAAGGGGUGUCAUCUGCAAGGAGUACAGUAAGUAAAACUUAGGGAGCUGAGAUUGCAAGGCCUCACCUGGUACAUCUGAACCUUUUUCUCCCUUCAGUGCCAUCGAAUUCACCGGACGUUAGCAAGCCAGUUCAAGUAUGCGUUGGUUUGGGUAAGUGUGCUAUGACAAGAAAGUGGGGUGGAGCAGAGGCCUCGGGUGUCUUCGCCAUGUAUUAGUGAUAUAGGCAGGAAACAUGGGGGAAGCUCUUAGUGGCUUUUUUAAAAGGAAGUUUGACAAAUGCACUAAAAGGGACGGGUGAGCUAUUAACAGCAGCUCUGUAGAACCUCCAUGUACAGAGUAAGAAUAUCUCACGGCCAGCGAGGACUCUUUCUUUUAUGCUUCACUGGUGGGAUUCCCACAGGUAUUGCCUAAUAAUAAUAAUAAUAAUAAUAAUAAUUUAUUUGUACUCCACUAAUAACUACCUAGCAGUUCGAAAGCACAAAAGUGCAAGUAGAUAAAUAGGUACCGCUCCAGCGGGAAGGUAAAUGACCCGGAAGCUGUACGCUGGCUCCCUCAGCCAGUAAAGCGAGAUGAGCGCCACAACCCCAGAGUCGGCCUCGAAUGUACCUAACGGUCAGGGGUCCUUUUACCUUUACCUAAGCUGACUGGGUUGCCCCAGCCACUCUGGGUGGCUUCCAGCAUAUACGAAAACGCAAUAAAACAUUAAACAUUAAAAAACUUCCCUAUAUAGGGCUUCCUUCAGAUGUCAUAGUGCCCUCCAGGUGGUGUUGGACUUCAACUCCCAUCAGCCCCUGUCAGCAUAGCCAGCUAUGAUGGGAGUUGUGGUCCAGCAGCAUCUAGAAGGCUCCCACGGGCUACCGAACUAGUAGCUGGGUCUUGUUGGCUCUGUAGUCUCCUCCAGCUGGGGUGUUCUUGGGGCUGACCUCGCAACAGGUAAAGAACUGAGGUGGGGAUGAAUGCAUGGAAAGAUAGGGUGGCAGCCUCAAGGGGCAAGCUGAGGUGUCCAUCACAGCAUCCAAUAGCUCAAAGGGGGACAGCCUUCAGCCCCAGGCCCCCGCACACCCCCCCUGCUCAAUUUCAUGUGCUCUGAUUUCAACAAGGGGUGGGGGAACAGGGAAAAGAGGUGGCGAAAAGUCGAAAGGAAAACAGGGGUGGUCUUCCGCAGCCUUCUCCUCUCAACAGAGAAAAGAAGGCUCACCCCUGCUGCAGCUGUUGAAUCCAUUAGGCCCGGGAUAGAGAACCCGUAGCCCUCCAGUUAUUGCUGGACUCAAGCUCCCAUCACCCCUGACCCUUGGCCAUGCUGGCAGGGGCUGAUGGGAGUUGGAGUCCCACAGCAUCAGGAAGGCCAUAGGUUUGCUUUCCCUGCCCGUUCCGGGGGCGGGAGUGCUCAGAAGGGACCCCUUUCUUGGAGACAUUGGCAAUCCAUUGGCCAGUGGCAUUGGGCAGUGGUAGGGGCACCUCCCUCUCUUCUUGCCAGAGAGACCCCCAAACCAGGGCUGGUGAAACUCUGUUGUUUUUUGGCUUUCAAGGGAACCAGCACCAAGUACAGCCCCCAACGAGUAGGACUCAGCCACUUGAUGGAACAUGAAGACGUCAUCCAGGUUGUCAAGAAAUAAUCCUCGUCGCUGGUCCCUCUCCCUGCUCUGCUCUGCAGUAUUUUCAACGCGACUCGGCAGAAAACUGUCUAAAAGCCAAAAAGAAGAAGAAAAGCCUCUGUCUGUAAUGGGAGGUUUUUCCUUCAGCUCCUCAUAAGCUUCCAUGAAGCUUCCACGGAGGAUAAGAGACUACUGUGGAACUUCUUGCAGGUUAGGGACACGGAGAAGAGAGGUUCUUGUCUUACAUACUGACAUGCUUAAGGGGCACCUUUCAAUAGCAUGGUCUUGGGUGCCUUUAAGAUGCUCGGAGCGGGUUUGGUUGUGACUUGACAGCUGCCCAGAAAAGUGGCCUUGGAUCCAUGAGCUGAAAAACACAGGAAAAGAACCAUCCAUCCUCCUCCUGUUCUUCCUCCCUUCCUCCCGUGUGUGUUGGUUCACGAGCAGAACAAACAGCUCUGUUCAAAAAUCAGCACUUCCACUUGGACAAAAACGAUUCCAGGCAAUGCAAGGAUUUGUUUACAGGUGGAUCGCUUCGUCACGUUCACAGAGUGCCCCGUGGAAGUUCAUUUCCACCCGUUUUCUGGCUAAGAGGGGUGGUGUUGAUAACUUCCACUGGGGUUAACGGAAACGAGGCCAACUUCUCCCUCUCCCAUAUCACCCCGUUUGGCAAGACAGCAACCAAGAAACAGCACACCUGCUGCUCCUGCAGCUCUGCUCAAGAAAUUUACUCCAGACCCAUCAGAAGCCAUUUGUCCUUCAAUUGAAAUAAAGAAUGGUUCUUGUUUCUCUUUGGAACUCCC